CUGAACCACGUCAUCGUAACGCGCUGUAAGGAGUUUGUUGUCUGACAGGCGCUUGAGACGGAAAAUUAAGAAUGAGUUAACCGGUUAGAAGGCUACCAGUCAGUUAACUGACGGCCAGUUCAGAAUGGCAGCAGCUGGUGGAGGUGUGACGAUCCUCAGUCUACCCUGGGAGCAUGUCAUCUGUCGACACCUCUUCCCCUACCUGUCUGUCAAGGAAGUCUUUCAACUCCGUGUCAUCUCCACUCAGUUCCGCGAUCUUGUAGACACCUUCUUCAGAACGACCUUCACCCUUGACCUAAGUCGAGUGGCUGCACGAGUCACAGCCGAAGCCUUCGUUCUCAUGUCACACAACAAUCUAUGUUUGAAGAAACUCACGCUACGCAACUCCAAAGAUUGGCUAUCAGAUGCCAUCCUGAAAUCUGUGCUACUUAAUAAUCCCAACUUACUGAAGGUAGAUUUAACGAACUGUUCCAACUUGACGAACCUAUGUGUGAAUGUGUUAGCUGUGAACUGUCACGAGCUGCAGGUGCUUGUGCUGACGGACUGCCACUGGGUGAGCAAGGAGGCUCUGACAGGGUUGCUGGUCAACUGUCGGGAGCUAGAACACGUGGAUCUGACUGGAUGCUGGAACUUGGAUGAUGAGGUCAUCAGUCAACUCAUUGUGUAUGGUAAAAAGAUCCGCUACCUGUCUGUGUCGAAGAUCUAUGGUUUGACAGACACAGCUAUAUCUGUGAUAUCCCAUAACAGCCCACGCCUGCAGCAUCUGAACAUCCAUGGCUGUUGGCGGGUCACCAACGACUCCAUCAGGUUGCUGGGUGAGUUCUGUAUGGGGCUGAAGGCUAUAGAGAUCAAAGACUGUCGAGGAGUGAAUGAGAUCAGCCUGGCACGACUCCGAGCACGCGGUAUCAAGAUGGAUGUGCCCCCACCUCCACAGGCACAGACUCUCAGCUAUCUACAUCGAAAUAUCCACAACCUUAAUGUACAGAUUUGAAGUCCUCUGUGUCUUGGAGACACUGUUGUCUGUGUAUCUCCAUAGCAUAACACUGGAACUUAUUCAAUAUUGACAUUGAUGGACAUUCCAAGUGUUAAUAUCUUCCACCAAAGUACACACAUCUUCCAUCAUGUAAAUCACAUAUCACUAAUACAUGCAGUAUGUUAUAUAUACUUCCAAUCAAAGGUUUAGACUCACUAGUGUAAAUAUAGACACUUACGUCAGGGAAAUGUUCUAAACUAAAUUU